UGGGGGAUGGAGUCCUCGCGGCCGGCCGGGCGAGGCAGGCGCGUCUUGGAGCCAUUUUGGGGGAAUCCCGCGAGUCUGGGGAGCGUCCCCCGCGGCCUCCCUCGGGGUGCUCAACUUUGAGCCGCCGCGGACUCCACCGGGCUCCCUCCGCGGCAGGCCCGGGGAAUCAGCCGAUUUGAAUAUUCACGACUUCCUCCGCGACUUCCCUUGGCCACCCUGACCCCCACUUUGGGAACACCCCUCCUGUGUUUUCCUUCCGGAGUCUGAGCCGAGGCGUCGUGUGGGCAGCAGGCCCGGCUCUGGCUGCUGGGUUUCGGCACCGUCUCCAAAGUCCGGAGGGUCUCGCGACCCCUCCCCCUCCCCCUCCUCCCAAGGCCAGAAUCGGGCAUCCACGGGGAACGCUCCUUGCGGCCCGGACACCCAUCCCCUGAGGGUCAGGGACCUGCCAGCCCAGGCUUGUUCCAGAACAUGGCCCUGGGUCUAGGGCAAGGAGACCCGGGGCCUUCCCAGCUGACCCUUAAUGCUGUGGCGCGCUGCAGGAGCAGAAGGGCGAGCUGCGCAAGCGGCUGUCCUACACCACGCACAAGCUCGAGAAGCUCGAGACCGAGUUCGACUCCACGCGCCACUACCUGGAGAUCGAGCUGCGGCGCGCGCAGGAAGAGCUCGAGAAGGUCACGGAGAAGCUGCGCAGCCAGGCUUGCAAGAAUCGUGUUUAAAUGUGAGUACUGGCUCCGAGCAAGGACCGGACAAAGUCACUUGUGAGUACAGGCCUUCCCUUCUCAUCUGCAGGGGGUCCUUGACCCUGGCCCAGGAAAGGCCUCUACAAGCUAGCUCUAAUCAGAUGCCUUUUGCUGCGUGGAGAGGAGCGAGUAGCCCAGGGUGGGACCAGUGGGUGGGCUCCGGGGGCCCGCGUCCAGCCCGGCCCUGCUCAGCAGGCUGUGUGGCUGUAAGGGGGUCACGGGAGAGUCAGGCCUGGCACCGCGGUGACCCCACUGUCUCCUGUUCCAGGAUUCAGAGCAAUUACAUGGCGCUGCAGCGGAUCAACCAGGAGCUAGAGGACAAGCUGUACCGCAUGGGCCAGCACUAUGAGGAAGAGAAGCGAGCGCUGAGCCACGAGAUUGUUGCCCUCAACAGCCACCUGCUGGAGGCCAAGGUGACCAUCGACAAGCUGUCGGAGGACAAUGAGCUCUAUAGGAAGGACUGCAAUCUAGCGGCCCAGCUGCUGCAGUGCAGCCAGACGUACGGCAGGGUCCAUAAGGUGUCCGAGCUGCCCUCCGACUUCCAGGAACGUGUGAGCCUGCACCUGGAGAAGCACGGCUGCGGGCUGCCCUCCCCACUCUGCCACCCCGCCUACGCCGACAGCGUCCCCACCUGCGUCAUCGCCAAGGUGCUGGAGAAGCCCGACCCCGCCAGCCUGUCCUCCCGCCUGUCUGACGCCUCGGCCCGCGACCUGGCCUUCCGGGAUGGCGGGGAGAAGCCGGGCCCGCGGCCCCCCUACAAGGGGGACAUCUACUGCAGCGACACGGCCCUCUACUGCCCCGAGGAGCGGCGGCGCACCCGGCGGCCCAGCGUGGACGCGCCCGUGACCGACGUGGGCUUCCUGCGGGCCCAGAACUCCACCGACAGCGCGGCCGAGGAGGAGGAGGAGGCCGAGGCGGCCGCCUUCCCCGCGGGCUUCCGGCACGAGGCCUUCCCGGGCUACGCGGGCUCGCUGCCCACGUCCAGCUCCUACUCCAGCUUCAGCGCCACGUCGGAGGAGAAGGAGCACGCCCAGGCCAGCACGCUCACCGCCUCGCAGCAGGCCAUCUACCUGAACAGCCGCGACGAGCUCUUCGACCGCAAGCCGCCGGCCGCCGCCUACGAGGGCAGCCCGCGCUUCGCCAAGGCCACGGCCAGCGUGGCAGCGCCACUGGAGGCUGAGGUGGCCCCGGGGUUUGCGCGGACCAUGUCGCCGUACCCCGCCGAGUCCUUCCGCUUCCCGGCCUCCCCGGGCCCCCAGCAGGCCCUGAUGCCCCCAAACCUGUGGAGCCUGCGGGCCAAGCCGGGGACGGCCCGGCUCCCCGGGGAGGACGCGCGGGGCCAGUGGCGGCCCCUGAGCGUGGAGGACAUCGGUGCCUACUCCUACCCGGCCACCGCCGCCGGCCGCGCCUCGCCCUGCAGCUUCUCUGAACGCUACUACGGCAGUGGGGGCAGCCCGGGCAAGAAGGCCGAGGGCCGCGCCAGCCCCCUCUAUGCCACCUACAAGGCCGACAGCUUCUCGGAGGGUGACGACCUCUCCCAGGGCCACCUGGCGGAGCCCCGCUUCCUCCGGGCCGGCGGCGACCUGAGCCUGAGCCCGGGCCGCGCGGCCGACCCGCUGCCCGGCUAUGCGCCCAGCCAGGGGGAUGCGGAGAGGCUCGGGGUGCAGCUGUGCGGGGCGGGCGGCAGUCCCGAGCCCGAGCACAGCCCCCACAGUUCCAGGGACUCCUUGGAGCCCAGCUCCAUGGAGGCCUCCCCGGAGAUGCACCCCGCCGCCCGCCUCAGCCCCCAGCCGGCCUUCCCGCGGACUGGUGGCUCGGGGCUCAGCCGCAAGGACAGCCUCACGAAAGCCCAGCUCUACGGAACCUUGCUCAACUGAGCGCCUGCCUGCAGGCCGCGGCCAGGGGGCCCCCGCCCACCCACCCACCCCCGGGCCCCGAGGGCACAGCUCCCCUCCCCCCUAGACACCCGUCCUCCCCAGUCCCUGCCAACCGGGACCCUCUCUUCCACCCGACCCAGUUGAGCCUGAGCGGAGGACCCCUCCCCCACCAUCCUGUCCACCCCAGCCCCACCACGGUGGAACGUUUUUCACACACCAACAUCCUUCCCCACCUGAGAUGAGCAUCCCCCCCUUUUAUAAAGUGAAACUAUUUUUAUAGAGAAAAAGGGUCUUUCUUAACGCACUUGGCCUCCAGCUCCCUGGACGGCAGCCUUGGCGUUUUCAACACAAAGCUCCUUUAUUUUUCGGGGGAGGACAGCGGGGCCUGCCCCUGGGAGGGGAAGGACGGUGUCCUGUGGAGACACCCCAGCGAGCCAGUGACAGGGGAGCCCGUAGCUCUGUCCGCGAAGAGGGGAGGUGGACCGGGUGGGGGGGAUGUGAAAUGUUUCUAAACUGUUUUCGCCGUGUGACCGACACACCGCCCCAGCUCUCCUGUGGUCCGUAGUCCCGAGUGGGGCCGGUGCUCGUCCCCCAGCGUCCCGCUCCCCGGCACCACCUCGCUCUACCUCAGACGUAAUGAGGCCCUCGGACUCCCAGUUUCUGUGGCUUGCUCUCCCGUUGUCUGCGAUGCAUGCCCUGUCUCGGUUAGUACUGUACUUUCGUUCAUUAAUAAAAGACGUCAGUGGAAAGAA